AUGAUGGAAAACUCGAUACGUCCAACAGCAGAACUUCCACGCCUUUCGCGAGACACGUUACACGCCAAGGAAAUCCCGGAAUACCAUGCUCCUAACUACCGUGCAGGUCGUCUCCUGACCAACGCACCUCAUCUGGCCUCCGAGGACUUCGAACGCUCGGUCGACUCUGGCAAUGAUACGACAAGAUUUCUGCCCCUUACCACAGUUUUCGACUUGGAAGCUUCUGUUAAGUUUGCUCAUUACGAGCUGCAAUUUUCCCAAGGGGGCUUUUACCCCAUGGCCAUGGAUCAGCAUGACUUUCCUCAAGAUAUCAAGACGUGCAGACAGCCUGGAAUUACGCGCCAUUCUCUAGCCGUCCAGGGUCGAAGUUCUGAAAUUGUUUCCGGAAAGACCGGUCGGAAGAUCGUCUCCAUCUCUUUCGUUGGAUUUCCCAGAGAGAAUUCAGCCGGCGGAGACCUGGUCACUCACCGGGGACAGGGUACCUCUUCAUCGAUACCCAUUGGAAAGCGAAGGCUUCAUAUUGCCAGACCUGACAAAGUCUAUCGGGACAUAAGCCCCAUCUCCUCUCAAGUUGCAGACAAGACUGACUUCCAAGGAAGGGCUCUGAGCACGUGCGGUCGACAGUUCGAGACGCAAACUGAGGAAAGGUGUCACACAAGGCAACAGGACUGCAACAAGCGAGCCAACCAGCCGCCCGACGGAAUCACCCACGACCAGCAGAAGGAGCUCAAGGAGAGGGUAGACCGCAAGCUCGCCGUGAAGGAGCAGUGGUUCGCCGUCUGGGCCAUUGUUUUCCCCGAUAUGCCGCCACCAGAGUCACCCUAUGUCUACAGCCCUACCCGUGAGGUAGCAACGAAUAUGCGAAACUACUGGCAAGAAAGCGCGGCGGAGAUGCUGGUCGCCCACGCUGACCGCAUGCCGGGUAUUGACAGGGAACGGGUCAUUGGCGGUUUGAAUACGUUUAUGGAAACCUUCUUCAAUCGAUUCAUCGAGGAGCACACCUCGGUUGCCGAGGGAGAACAAGUUUCGGAUUCAUCCUCAGAUGGUAGUCCAGGGACAGCAUUUUUCUCAGAGAGGACGCCGGCUAUAUCAUCACCAAGCAGUAGCCAAAGGACUUUAAUCGAAUCCUUCCGCGACUUGCUUUCUGUCAUGAGUGGUGCCGCCAGCGACAAUGUCAUGAUAGACGACGGUUCGCUUAUCGCCAACUAUGCAAUGACCAUGGGAGAAACGGACGGGCACUGGGAAUUUCCGUCGAGUGAUGAUGCUUAUGGUUGGGGUCAGCUCCCCACGGCUGGUCCGUUCUUCCAAGAUGAUCCUCUUACUUGA